CUUCUUCCACUCAUCCAAACCCAUAGAAAGGAAAGAAGCCAUUUUUCUCCUGCUCCUCCCUCAGACUCUCUCUCUCAAACACCCCAAAAUAUAAAAAAAAAUUGCAGAAAACACCCCACACAAAACAAAAAUGGAACCAAGCAACCCCCACACCUUAGCCAAGAGACUACGGCACAUAGUGCAAGUAGUCUACUACAUGCUACGCAAAUGCAUAUCCAAAAGAAAGCUCAUGUUGGACCUCCACCUCCUCCUCAAGCGCAGCAAGCUCGCUGGAAAAGCCCUCGGAUCCCUCCUCACCACCUUCCACCACCACCACCAUCACACCACCCCCAGAGAAGUCGAAUUCAGCUGUAGCAACACCCCUUACUUCUUCCCUUCUCUGGCCAAGAGGAAGACCACCCGUCGCCACCGUGCAGACUUCGAAAGCUUCGACGCGGCGGACAUAGCCAUGGCAUUUAAGAUGAUGAAUGUGGAGGACUCCGAUGCGGACUCGAUGGCGGCGUUGUCGGUUUUGCCGACACCGUCUCCGGUGAUGGUAAGGGAGUUGAGAAUAACUGACUCUCCUUUCCCUUUGGACGAGAAUGAGGUGGGGAAUGGAGGCAUGAUAGAUAAGGAAGCUGAUAAGUUUAUAAAAUGGUUCUAUGAGCAGUUGGUGAAGCAACAGUUGGUGCCUGACGGUGACACCCCUGAGUAUGACUAUCGCCGCCGGCGGAUCACCGGCCGGAACUGAACUAAGCUUGGGAUUGAAUUCAUUGAUUGGUGAAGGAGAUUAAUGAGGCUCAAAAGUUAUUAAUUUUAAGUUAUUAAGAAGGCCGCAUGUGUUGGGUUUGUAAGGAGAAUUUUUGUUAUAAGGAAGGUUUGCUGGUUGUGGUUUUUUGUGCUUCACUUUUUUUUUU